AUGAUAAAAACAAUUCUGGUCGUACCGGACCCAGGGCGGAAGAAGACUUGGCUGCAACUGCAAGAACAUACCUAUACCGAUUGGGUCCUGACCUCUCUACCUCACCAGGAGGUUGAGUACCUAUUGGGUAUCACGGACCUUGAUGGUCUGAUCUUUGUGGCUACAUCCCAGCGGCUGAGUAGCAAAGAGGUUCCUAAAGGACACAGGGUGGUGCAUAUCAAUGAAGUGUUGUUGAUGUGGCACACGAUUGAUACAUCGACUAAGAACUGCCUGCAGGCACGCUACAUGAAUUUCAGAACUUUCAGUGAAAUCAUCUUUAUGAGCCUGGAUAGGCUCCAGAAAGCAAUGGCCAACUUCGCCGCUGUAUGGGGAGGUUUGGAUUUGACCAAAAAUCACAGAGAGGGUCCGGUUUCUUUCCGCCGUUCUAAUUCUUCUAGGAUUUUGGCGUAUUCAGGUUUACGGUGCACAUUUGAAAAAUACAUGUGGGCAUUGCACAGGUUGGAAGACGUGCUUCCAGUGUGGCCUGGCACCUUAGAGUGCCGGGCUGCAUCCCAUGAUCGCAAUGCCAUUAGCUUGUUGGAUUCCAUAGCCCGGGACGUCACCAAAUCUCAUCGCCCCACUACACAGCUAAUCAAUCCAGAAUCAAAGCCUGCUGCACGUGCUUGUCAACAUGUGGUUGUGAAACGUGAAGCCAGCGCCUCAAGUCAGCACAUCAAAUAUCCCUGGAAUGAAGAGAUGCCCGCUGACCAGGAGGGAUAUCAACUGUUGAUGCAACCAUAUGUCCCAGAAUGGGACCAGGUAGGCCAGUGGCGUUGUCUCUUGAUCGACAGAGCCCUAUUCUGUAUCUUUAUUCAUCCUGGAUCUUACACGUUGUCCCAACAUCAUUCAUGUGUCUCAGCGCAUAGCCUGAGAGAGGACGGUUGGAGUUUGGAGGAAUUGGGCCUGAUCAGGGAAAGCAACCCAGAUCAAUGUCAUUUCAUGAUUCGCGAAGGCGGCACACGGGCGGAAGUUUUCAAGGCUCAUGCAGAAAUACAGCAGUUCUUGGUGCUUACGCUGGAAGCCUUCAUUGCUGGAGAAGAAACAAGGUUAUUUCGAUAUGGCAUCAAGGACAGGUUGCGGCAGUCAUCCUUGAGAGUUUCUGCACGGCUAGAUCUCUCAGUCAUUACAAAUCCUGAAAGCCGGAAGCUCCAGUACUUCGUAACUGGUAUCUCGCGAGGCCCAGGUAUGAUGCUGUAUGGCUCGGUCGACGCCAACACCAUCCACAGAUAUGCACUAGAGUUUGCGCGUCCUUUCGAAUGCUGGAUUGGUCCACGCGAUCCACGACCCCAGACCAUGAUAUUGAACUGA